AAUAAUAAUAAUAAUAAUAAUAAUAAUAGAACAAUAAUGUUAUGUCUGUCUGAGAUAUCAUCAUCAUCACCACCUCUUCACGAGAUUCUGCUUCUGUUAUUAUAGCCACUCUUCCAACUCGCUCCGAGUUGACUCGUUCCUAACCCUUCCAUUUCUAGAUCAACCACCACCUUUUCCACCGUACUCCACCGUUAAUUAACCUCAAUCAACCUCCUCCGUCAAUGCAAAACUCUCCGUCAGUUCUCCUCCGAACACCCUCUCCCAUUUCGCGGGAAUAACCUUCCUUUUGACUUCGCUUUUCAGCGAUUCCGAUGGCUAUCUUUCGUUCUCUAAUCCUUAUCGCCAUCAUUUGUUCGUUCUUCCUCCACAUCGCCGCCAGCGACGGUGAAAUCGAUCCGCUUUACAAGGGUUGUGUGGAACAGUGCGAGAAAUCUGGGUGUGUAGGGGAUAGAUGUUUUCAACAUUGUAAAUUCUCAUCAGAUGGAAAACCAAUUGAUGGUCCAUGGUAUAUGCAUGAACCACUUUACCUGGAGUGGAAACAAUGGGACUGUCGCACUGAUUGUCGGUAUUACUGCAUGCUAGCCAGAGAGGAAGAAAGAACAAAACUUGGUGAAAAACCUGUCAAGUAUCAUGGAAAAUGGCCAUUUAGGCGCAUUUAUGGGAUUCAGGAACCUGUGGCUGUUGCUCUGUCAGCCCUUAAUCUUGCUAUGCAGUUUCAUGGCUGGGUAUCCUUCUUCAUUCUUGUUUACUACAAGUUGCCUUUGAGGCCAGAUAAGAAGGCAUAUUAUGAGUACACCGGCUUGUGGCAUAUUUAUGGGAUUCUAUCGAUGAAUGCAUGGUUGUGGAGGGCUGUUUUUCAUAGUAGAGCUGUGGAAUUAACAGAGAAGCUGAAUUAUUCUUCUGCUGUGGCCUUAAUUGGAUUUUCCCUCAUUCUAGCAAUACUUCGAGCUUUUAAUGUGAGGGACGAGGCUACAAGAGUCAUGGUUUCUGCUCCCUUGGUUGCUUUUGUGACAACUCACAUCAUGUAUCUGAAUUUCUACGAACUGAAUUAUGGUUUGAACACGAAAGUUUCCAUGCUGAUGGCUGUUGUCCAGCUUCUUAUUUGGGCAAUCUGGGCUGGUGUUUCCAGCCAUCCGGCACGAUGGAAAUUAUGGAUAGUAGUCGCGGGAGGAAUUUUUGCUAUGGUCUUAGAGACAUAUGAUUUUCCUCCUUACAAGGGAUAUGUGGAUGCUCAUGCUCUAUGGAAUGCAGCAAACAUUCCUCUUACAUUCCUUUGGUGGAGUUAUAUAAGGGAUGAUGCUGAGUUUAGAACCUCUGCUCUUCUUAAGAAGGUUAAAUAGUGUUGUUGAAUAAUGGAGGACACAGAAGGAUGGAUCAGAUGAAGGUUAUUCAUAUGCUUACUUUGAUUUGUAUAUUAGAAGAAUUGUUUUUCUUUUCCUUUUCCUCGUGUGAGCAUUUUCGUAAGUGCUUAUUGCGAUGGUUUCUAUGUUUUUGAAUUUGUAACUUUGUUUUCCUCAUGUACGAGGCAUACUUUAUUAUUGUAAUUUAAAUCUGCAAUUCCUUCACA